AGGCCACUCGUUACCUCUUUACCGGCACAUACCGUCAGGUUCUGCAGCAUUGUUUGUGUUCAGCUUUCCAAACAGGAUGGAGAUGCCGUUCUUCAAACGUUUUAUUCUUCCGCAGCUUUCCUCGAGGACAACAAGGCCGCCAGCUUAAUCAGGUUUGAUUUUGACCGCCAAUGGCACAUCCCUUGACAGAAUGGAACUCUGACCUCUGUGCAUGUUGUGAGGACGCAAGAUAUUGCUGUUAUGGCUUCUGGUGCUGCUCUUGCAUUGCCUGUGCAGUUUCGGAAAAAUUUGGUGAGCACCGUUGUCUCCCAAUACUUGACAUAUGCAGCCCCGCCAUAACAGCAUGCUGCGGGUGUCCAUGCUGUGUGGCACCUGCUGCCUUGGCGCUGAGGGUUGGCAUUCGACACAGAUAUGGCAUCCAGGGUUCGCUCUGCAAGGACAUCGCAGUUUCCUGUUUCUGUGAGUGGUGCGCCUGGUGUCAGAUGCAUCGAGAGUUAAAGUAUUGCAUGAAUAACCACACUGUCGUCGUCAACAUGCAGCCCACUCCGGUGAAGUUGAGUCAUGCAGCCCCACUUAACGCAGCCCGCACGGGCCCGCAUGGGUUCGUAGUGGCUUCAUACUGAGAUUUAUCCAUCGGACAUAAAGACACACAGCAACUGUGAGAAUGUUAUUUGAAUUUUAUCUUUGGCAAUAUACAAUAAUGUGGCAUCACAUUGAGAUGAUUUAAAUUUUGUCCUAGAAAAAUAAUGUAAUCACUAAUACUUAUUAUUCAAUUAUUAUUACUGCAUUUUUUUAAUGUAUAAAUGAAAUGAAAUGUUGUUGCACAUCACACUUACCAUGUUUUAUCAGUAAAAAUAUGCUCAUGCCAAGAUUGCUGUCUUGAAAUUAAUCAAAUUAAAAUGUCAUAUGCAUAAAUAAUUGCACGUUAUAUAUAUAUAUAUACAUAUACACACACAUAUAUAUAUAU